GCCUAAAGUGAAAGAGAGAGAAAUGAAAAUCUAUCGGCAAAAUGCAGUCAUUCUGACUCAGAUCAAAUAACAAUACAGACAAAAUCCAUGAAACCCAUUUAUUACGUAAUCAAAACCUCUCUCACAUAAAGGGCAAUUAACCUCACGCAAUCUCUCUCUCUCUCUCUCUCUCUCUCUCUCUCACUAUAUCUAUCUUUCUUUACUUUCUCUCAUUUUCUCAUAUCACAAUACCAAAAAAAAUCUCACCCCUUCUUCCAUCAACAUUGUAAUACUUACUCUUCUUAAAAACACACUACAAAAAUGGGUACCCGAAUUACUACACUGUUAUUUUUCUUAACAUUCUUCUUUCUCAAUUCCAAUGCAGCCCAAAACCCAAUCAAAACCGUGGUGAUUUUAGUAAUGGAAAACCGUUCAUUCGACCACAUGCUUGGUUGGAUGAAGAAACUAAACCCAAACAUAAACGGUGUAACCGGGUCAGAAUCAUUACCAUUAUCAAUAACCGACCCGAAUUCAAAACGGAUAUUUUACAAAAACGAAGCGAAGUAUGUGGACCCUGAUCCUGGUCACUCGUUUCAAGCAAUUAGGGAACAGAUAUUCGGGUCAGAAGACACGUCAGCUGAUCCAGCUCCAAUGAAUGGUUUUGCACAACAAGCUUAUUCGAUGGAUAAUACAACGAAUAUGUCACAAGAAGUUAUGAAUGGAUUUGAACCUGAUCAUGUUGCUGUUUAUAAGUCACUUGUUUCUGAGUUUGCUGUUUUUGAUAGGUGGUUUGCCUCCGUACCAGCUUCCACUCAACCUAAUCGACUCUAUGUGCACUCGGCAACAUCCGGUGGCGCCACCAGCAACGUGGCAAAAUUGCUUGCAAUGGGCUACCCACAACAAACUAUUUUCGACAGUCUCCACGAUAAUGGAUUUGACUUUGGAAUAUAUUACCAAAAUAUUCCAGCAACAUUGUUCUAUAGGAACUUAAGGAAGCUAAAGUAUGUGCUCAAAUUUCAUCUAUACGAGACCUUUAAGCGUCAUGCUAAGGAUGGAAAGUUACCGAAUUAUGUUGUCGUGGAGCAGCGGUACACUGACACUAAGUUGUUCCCAGGCAAUGACGAUCAUCCGUCUCAUGAUGUAUACCAAGGACAAAUGUUUGUGAAGGAGGUGUACGAGACACUGAGGGCAAGCCCGCAGUGGAACGAAACCCUUUUCUUGAUUACAUAUGACGAGCACGGUGGGUUUUAUGAUCAUGUGGCUACACCGGUGCGCGGGGUGCCUAGCCCUGAUGGGAUUAUGGGACCAGAACCAUUUAACUUCACUUUUAAUAGGUUGGGAGUAAGGGUUCCCACUAUUGCUAUCUCACCUUGGAUUGAAAAAGGAACAGUUGUUCAUGGGCCAAACGGGUCACCAACUCCUACAUCAGAAUAUGAACAUUCAUCCAUUGCAGCAACGGUUAAAAAAAUCUUCAAUUUGCCAAAAUUUCUUACCAAGAGAGAUGAAUGGGCAGGAACCUUUGAAGGCAUUGUACAAACAAGGACAGAGCCCAGGACUGAUUGCCCAGAGCAACUUCCAACUCCUGAAAAGUUAAGAAAAGGAGAGGCAAAUGAAGAUGCAAAACUCAGUGAAUUUCAGCAAGAAUUGAUCCAACUUGCAGCAGUUCUUAAAGGAGACAAUAUAUUAACUAGUUAUCCAAAUACAAUAGGGAAAGACAUGAGUGUUAAGCAAGGAAAAGAUUACAUGGAUGAAGCAGUUAAAAGAUUCUUUGAAGCAGGUCGUUAUGCAAAGAAAAUGGGAGUUAGUGAUGAGCACAUUGUGAAGAUGAAACCUUCUUUGACUACAAGAUCAUCCAAAAAUUCAAAUAAAAAUCCAUAGGAGCAAAAUGAAAUAAGAUUAUGUAAAAAUAGCAUUUGAGGGUGUGAAAAUUGAAACAAAUGAUUUCUAAUAAAAAAAAAAAGUUGUACAAAAUAGGAAAAAGCAAUGUGCUAAUUUCUAUAAUUAAUAAUGGGAAAUUAUAUGGGAUUUUUAGAGUU